AUGGCCGGAAUCUUGCUGGAGGUGCAACGCUUGAAGGAGAGGUGUCGCAUUGUGCUUGCUUCGAGCAGCCCCCGGCGGCAUGAGAUUCUUAGCCUUCUGGGCGUUCCCUUCGAAGUGGUCACGCCGAAGUUUGCGGAGGAUCUGGACAAGUCCAAAUACACUCCUCCAGAGUAUGUCAUGGCCAAUGCUCGCAUCAAAUGCGCUGAGGUGGUGAUGAAGCUGGCUCAUCCCAGAUAUCCACAGCCCGAAUACGAUGACAAAGUCCUCAUCGUGAUAGGUGCUGACACCGUGGUGGUUCGUGGUGAUACGAUCCUUGAGAAGCCCGAGGAUGCAGCGCAUGCCUUGGCGAUGUUGAAGCAGUUGCAGGGACGGGAGCAUCAGGUGAUCACUGGCAUGGCGGUCUCGGUCGGUGGCUCCGAGGAACCUGUGGCCAUUUUCGAAGAAACCUCUGUCUCCUUUGCGCAGCUCACAGAUGAGGAGUUGAAAGGCUACAUCGAAACGGGUGAGCCUUUCGACAAGGCAGGUGCCUAUGGUAUUCAGGCCCUCGGCAGCCUUCUCGUCACUGGGAUUCGAGGCAACUACCAGAAUGUGGUGGGCUUGCCGCUGGCGCCGUUGUCAAGGCUGAUUGCGGCCGAAUUGGCACGUCAUUUGAAGGGUGCAGCCCAAGAGCAGAUGAGUUCGCCUUCCGAGCCACGCUUGGGAAGCCUGGAAGCUACGCUGAACCAGCUUCGCCAGGAGGUGGCGAUGAGGGACCAGGAGAUCAACAUGCUGGUGGGCUCUUUGAGCAAACGAGGGAACAACGCCAAGGAGGCUGCCCGUGCUGGUCCUGUCUUCAUCCCGGGAGCUCCAAGUGGAUCCAAUCCACCCGAGGUGGCGACCUCUCGUGGCCCUGAAGCUUUGAGCAGUCCAGGAGAAGACUCCGCUGCAGUAGGUGACCCAACAGCCUUGCUCUUGGACAGGAACAAGGCCUUCGACGCGUUUCGGAGGUCCGUGCGGCGCAGCGAGACGCUGGACGAUGGUCGAGAAGCCAUGAAGCAGCUGGUGGUCGAAGCCAAAGAAGUUGGAGAGCUUGCAAACGCUGCCAGGGCGUCAGUGCAAGUGAUUCAGAAGAAGAUCGAGAAGGCUCGCCUGGGCCGCGUCCUGGGCACUGGUCCUCACGAUCCCACCUCCAAGGAGAAUGCCGUGCCGCCGGACACUCCCGAAAUUGCCACCCUGAACCAUACCAUGGAGGUGAAGAUCUCCACGUACAAGAAAAGCAUGGAACGCUUGAAAUGGGUCAAGGCCGAGAUUGAGAAGUACCGAUCUGCAGCGGAGGAAAACAAGGAGCGUUUGCAGCGGGACUUUGAGGCGUGGUACCUCUCCUUGCAGGCCCAUCAAGCCAGUGUGGCAGGUGCUGAGGCGGUGAGGCCAGCGUCGGCCCAAAGCCCAGCGGCGGUGGUGGAAUCCAGCCCCAGGAGCAACUCUGCCCAGGAGUCGAGGAAAGCUCCAGGUGCGCAUGAAGGUGUUUUGGCCGCCUCCGGCGUGCCACAAGAACCACCGGCAACCUCACUCACAGGCCAUCAGCAAACGGAUGACGACAUCCGAGCCUACUUUGCUGCCGUGGCCAAUCUGGAGUCCCGUUGA